AUGGGGCUCUUUGACAGAGGUGUUCAGAUGCUUUUAACCACCGUUGGUGCUUUCGCUGCCUUCAGCCUCAUGACCAUAGCUGUGGGGACCGAUUACUGGCUUUACUCCAGAGGGGUUUGCAAGAUGAAAGGCACCGGUGAGAAUGAAACCAGCAAAAAGAACGAAGAAGUCAUGACCCAUUCUGGAUUGUGGAGAACGUGCUGCUUGGAAGGGAAUUUUAAAGGUCUGUGUAAGCAAAUCGAUCACUUCCUCGAGGACACAGAAUAUGAAGCCGACACAGCAGAAUAUUUCCUCCGGGCUGUAAGGGCCUCUAGUAUUUUUCCGAUCCUGAGUGUGAUUCUGCUUUUCAUGGGUGGACUCUGCAUUGCAGCCAGCGAGUUCUACAAAACCCGACAUAACAUCAUCCUUAGUGCCGGCAUCUUCUUCGUGUCUGCAGGUCUGAGUAAUAUAAUUGGCAUCAUUGUGUACAUAUCAGCCAAUGCUGGAGACCCCUCGAAAAGCGACUCGAAGAAGAAUAGUUACUCUUAUGGUUGGUCCUUCUACUUUGGGGCCCUGUCGUUCAUUAUAGCCGAGAUGGUGGGAGUGCUGGCUGUACACAUGUUCAUUGACCGGCACAAACAGUUGCGUGCCAGUGUUCAUGCCACGGACUACCUCCAGUCCUCUGCCAUCACCCGCAUACCCAGCUACCGCUACCGCUAUCAGAGACGCAGUCGCUCCAGUUCCCGUUCCACUGAGCCUUCACACUCCAGGGAUGCCUCUCCCGUCGGGAUCAAAGGGUUUAACACCCUCCCAUCAACGGAGAUCUCGAUGUAUACCCUGACCAGGGACCCCCUGAAGGCUGCCACUACCCCCACCGCCACCUACAAUUCAGACAGGGAUAACAGCUUCCUCCAGGUUCACAACUGUAUCCAGAAAGAAAACAAGGACUCUAUCCACACUAACACAGCCAACCGCCGGACCACCCCCGUAUGAAGCCAUUGAGAGGGGCUGAAAAUGGGGGACAGGGAAGGUGGAAGUGGGACUUGGGUGCAGAAUGGGAGGGAGCAGUGGGGGAGGGCAGGGGGAGAAGAGAAAGCAACCAUGGGGAAACCUUCCAAAAGCAAAAAAAUAAAAAAAUAAAAAGAACAGAAAACAAAUGUAAGUGAAACAUCCGAAAAGAAACGACAAAACGUUUUAAAAAAAGAAAAAAGACAAAAACCUUCAAAAAAAUCAAGAGAAAGAAAUUUAAAAAUAUAAAAAAUAGAAAAUAAAUUUAAAAGAAAAUGCAUGAUUUCCCAUGUACCAUUAUUUUAACAUUUAAUAAAAACAGAUUUAAAAAAGGAACCGAGAAAUAACAAAAAAAACCCAUUAAUUAAAAAAUCAAGCAGGAAGAGGAGGAAGAGCUUUGGAUUGGGGGGGGGGUACUCUUUAAUUUUUUAGUUUGUUUUCUUUUCACUUUUAACCCACUGUGGACUUGCAGGUUCUUAAGGCUCUCCAGGGACAGAUGGUAAUGAAAUGCAGUGAUUUCAGUGUCCUUGUGGAUGCCUUUGUUUGCACAUGCAUUGGGGCCUGCCUAAACUUACCAAAAUGCCUGGAGUGACUGAUGAAUCAACAUGUUCUUGUUGGUCCAUGGGGCUUAACAGUGACCUUCCUGCCCUUGGGGAUUUGAGGGGUUAACGCUGAUUCACUGAUCUCCAGGUCUCAGGAAGCUAAGGCUGAUCCACUCAGCCUUAUCAGCUUGUGACUACCCUGGGACUAACAGUGACCUUGAAAAAAAAAGCUUCAUUAAAAAGUGGCAAUUUUUUAAUAAAAGAGAACCAACUAUAAAUAAAUGUAAAUAUGUGGAUUUACUUGCAAGAAAGCCAGAUAGUAUUUUUAUUUUUGUUUGUUUUUUCCAGCUUGAAAGCUGUGAAAACUAAAAUCCUGGGGGUUGAGAGGCUUCUAAAGAGAAAAUGGAAACUGAAUCCAUUUAAUAACAAAAAGUUUUUAAAAGACACCCCAGGACUUGGCCGCUUCAU